CCGGGUUUUAAUUUCAAUUGGUAGUUGAAGGCCUCAGUUCCAUCCACACGUGUGUUGCUGUAGUCCAAGCUCAACGGUUUGCUGAGAGUGGAGCCCGAUGGCGACACUGAAGGUCCACGAGCUGACGAUGAAGCAGGUGGCGUGCGUCUUUCAACAUGAUACCGACAAGAACAUCCGCAGGCUGGCCACCAAGAUGAGGCAGGUGGGUGGGCGGGCAAGUGGGUGGGACCAGGGGUGGGAGAUCUGCACGUGAAGGCAGAUCUUGACGUCCGUAGAUGAAAGAUGAUCUUCAACGAUUGGGGAUCUGUAUGGAUGAAGGACAGAUCUGUUGUUUUCUCCCUGUAUGUGUGUGUGUGCACUGAAUCAGCACAUGAUGAACGGGGCGGCGUUGGCGCACAUGGCCCGGAUGCAGUACCACAACGCGCUGGAGGACAUGGAGAGAUACCUGGGCAUCGAGGCCUACGGCGAGCGGCUGGCGCUGCUCUACUGGAUACACCACACAUACGAAGUAUGUACGAUGGAUGGAUGGAUGGAUUGGCAAAGAUGCCCGUGCUCCCUCCCUUUGUGCAGGUGCGUGUGCCGGUUGGCGGCGGCCGUGGGCGUCGCCAGAAGCGGCGCGUCGUGCCGACCAAAGCCGCAUAGCUCUACCACAACACACGACAAACAUUGGUAGGUGUGGUUCGUGGGGGAUGGCCUUUUGUCGUUGUGUGAGGCUGUGUGCAUGAUUCAUUCAGGUCAUCGGUUUGAGUCCUCUGGUAGCACGGUAGCAUUGGCGGACGGGCAUCGACACACGCACACGCACACACAAAUGGAGAGAUGUAGAUAGAUGUAGAAAAGGAGGCCAUGUGCGUCAUGCAGUCUGUCUAAGAUAGUCUUGCCUCGAGGGUCUUGUCUUGUGCAGAUACACACAUCCAUACAUCCGUCCAUCGACCUGUCUAUGCCGUGUGCCGUGCUAUGCGUGUGUGAGAUGCGAGUGUGCCUGCCCACAUGUGACCUAUCUACACGCGUGUAUUCAGAGACUGUCGGUCCAUCAUGGAAUAAGGGUCUCAGCGCC